AUGGACAUCGAUGAUAUCCUCGCCGAGCUUGACCGCAGCGAGCCCACUGCCAAAGCAUCCACCGCUCUUGAUCAUCAACAACUGACGCGCUUCUGGAUCUCGGAGCGUGCUGCUCCAGAUGUUCUGAAAUGGCCUACAGAUUUGAUGGACCGAGUGAUAGCGCGAGUUCGUCAGCAGAUAGAAUUGGUUGAGGAUUUGACAGCUGGUGCCGGCAUGACCGGGUCCGGAACCAGCAGCUCUAACUCGAACCUGACAUUGUCCAUUUUGCAGACAGAUCUGUCUAGGACGCAAUACAUUAUUCGAUCAUUGUUAAGACAGCGUUUGGCCAAAUUGACAAAGUAUGCUAUGCAUUACUUGACCCUGGACGACAAAUCGGCACUUCUAUCGCCUCAAGAGGAGUCUUUCCUACGGAAUCAUCAAUCUCUGUUGUCAGAUUUAUACAGCGCCAGCUUUUUAUCGGCAUUCCCGGCACAGCUUCAAAGGUUAGAUGACAAUGCAGGAGGGCUAAACAUGGUUGAGGGUCCGGACGGCAAGAAAGCUGUCUUUAUUAGGUGUCUAGCCAAGAGAUGGAGCAGCGAUCCCUUAUUCGAGGACUACGAUGCUGAUGACGAUGAAGAAGCUGGAGAAAGCGGUGCUUUGGCAAUGCGAAGAGGCCAAGUCUGGGUUGUGCGGUGGGAGGACGUCAAGAAAGGAGUUGAAAAGGGAGCACUUGAAUUGCUCUGA